UUAUUUGCGUGACUUAUCAAGUAUAUAUAAACCACACUAGCAUAAAAAUUAUGAUGAAUAACUUGUAUAAAUUAUGCAAAUAAGGCAAAAAUAAUUCUCAAAUAUCUCCUGAUUUAUGCUAAAUGUUCCUUACUACUUACUGCAACAGUUCUUUACCCCCACUUCGUAUUAGGGUUAAUAUAUACAUAUGUAUACAUAAACGAAUUUUUGUAAGAAAAGCGAGCUUUUGUCAUUAAAGAUUUAUCGAACAAAUAGGAUCAUGCGCCAAAUUGAAUAAACCACGAUGCCGCUUUAGUAGGGUUGUUUUUAUAGCUGGCUAUUUUUAGUUUUCAUUAGUACAAUUUUAGACUGGGCAUAGUAAAGUUUUCCAAAGAUUUUUUCAUAUGGUAGUUCUAACACAUUUUUUAAUGCAAUGAAUUUAGCAGAAUUAAAAAUUCACAGUGGCGGUGAUACCAUCCAAGCUAAUUAUAAUAAGUUUUCCGACCAUAUACGUAGAGUAACUCCCCAUGGAAUUCAAUGUAGCAUCUUUUGUGGUGGUUUAAAUUGCAAAUAUGAAAAUCCGGAAAACUGGACACCCGAUAGUCUUGCUAUACAAGGAAUUUAUUCUCACUGGAUUACUGAUAACAUACUCGCAAUGGCUAGGCCGAGUACAAUGAUAAUAAUACAAAAAAACGUGAUACAACAAUUUAAAAGCUUAGGAAUCAAAUCAAUAAUUAAUCUGCAAUGCCGCAAAGAACACUCCAGUUGUGGACAACCUUUGGAGGAUUCUGAAUUUUCCUAUGAUCCUAAUGUCUUUAUGGAGCAGAAUAUUUACUACUAUAAUUUUUCUUGGAAAGAUUAUGGAGAUGCCACUUUGGAUAACUUGCUUAAUAUGAUUAAAGUGAUUGACUUUGCUAUUACUGAAGGAAAAGUUGCCAUUCAUUGUCAUGCUGGUCUAGGAAGAACAGGAGUACUUAUUGCCUGUUACUUGGUCUAUUCGUUGAAGGUUAGCGCCAAUGAUGCCAUUAGAUACGUUAGGUUAAAACGACCUGGGUCUGUUCAAACGCGAGGACAAAUUCUUUGCGUUAGACAUUUUGCACAAUUUAUUCUUCCACAAACCAUAACGUUUUAUAUAAAGGAAACUGCAGCAAAGGAUAAACAUAUGACUGCAUUCACCUUACGAAAAUACCUUAAGCGACAGCGAAUUGUGCUACAUGGGUAUGAAGCACGACGUUUCAAGGAUCUUCCAAAGAUAGUCUAUGUCAUUUGUGAGCGGAUCUUAAAGUUGUGUGCAUGUAAUGAUGAUAUGGAUGACAGAGAAUACGAUGUUUCUCUAACGAAAAACUAUUUAACGGAGAAACUUUCUAAUGUAUGUAAAAGGCAAAACAGUACAUAUUCCAUAGCAAGUAUCACAAGUCCGACAUUGGAAACUGUGUUUUCCAACUGUUUAUCGGAAACACCCACACCUUCCAGCCCUAAUACAUCGAUUAAUAAUGACCAUAUAAGUGAUUCACUAUCAGAAAUUAGUACGUUAGAUGGGGAUGAACUCAGUGAAGAAAAUUUAUUAGAGACCAGAUGUUUUCAGGAAUUGGAAACACAAAAAAUGUUCAAUCAAGAACAUGUUGAGGAUGAGCAGGUGGUGUACCAUGUACAUGAUGUUAUUAAUGCACUUGUGGGUGACUCUGUAAAUUCAAAUAGUGAAUCCCGACGCAAAAUUCGACAGUAUCAAAAUGAAUUAAAUUUUACCACAAUUGGCUGGUUAAGGUUGUCACAUGAAACAGAUUUAAAGAUUCUUGCAAAUCUGCUUUUUGAAUGGCUCGAAGAACUUAAAGAGCCGAUUAUUAAGCUGGAACAUUUCGAAAAUAUAGUUAUUUUAUAUAAGCAGCCUGAAGAUUGUUUUAAAAAAUUUACAUUGGAAGAAUCGUAUUUAAUUGAAUAUCUCCUUAUAUUUCUAUCAAAAUUACAACCCAUUAGUCAGGAGGAUUUACAAAACCUACUAAAACGAUUUAUAUCUAGUCUUUCCAAACAGACAGUCACUCUGAGAGGUCGACUUGCACCAUCAGGCAAAUCUUUUAAAAGGAUCGGUGAGGGCACUCUGUCAUGUACCUUAACGUUUAUGGAAUCUUUAUUAGAAAUAGUGCAGAGCCACCAUAGACAAAAUAAUGAUGAUGUAAAGUUCUGUGAAAAAUACUGUGAUGAAAUAGAACAAGACUUUGAGUGAAAAAUAUUUGAUUACUCACCUUGGGAGAAAAACAAAAGAAUUCUUAAUUAUUUACAUAUAAUUCGAUGUCCAAGACGAAACUGAGAUUGACAAACAUGGGAUAGAAGCAUUCUUUAUUUUCUCCCCUAGCUAGUAUACUAUUUUUCUGCUUUGUUGGGAAGAACAAUAGCAUUUUUGUUUUACCCAGGUCGAAACGGCUAACCGUCAAGCAGAAGAAAAUUUUCCACAUAAAGUGUUUUUUAUUGUAAUAGCCUAAUUUAACUCUACUUUUAUUUUUUUAAUCCAAGAGUUAUAAAAUAAAUUUUUAUUUAAAAUUUUU